UCCUCUCUUAACCCAAAAGCGUCUCCUUUGCCUCUUCCGCCUCCGAUGGCUGAAGCAAACCCUAAUUCCAACCCGGGCGUCCUCGAAACGCUGGGCGAGGAGAUCGUCCGCAUCGUCGCCCCCGUCUCCGCCUGCAUGCUCCUCGUCGUCCUCCUCGUCACUGCCCUUUCCUCUUCCUCGGGCGGCGGCCUCGCCUCCAUCGCCACCAUCGCCUAUUCCGAUGACUCCUCCGACUCCUUCUGGGACAAGCUCAAGGGCGCCCUCCUCAGCUCCCUCUCCUUCGUCGUCCUCAUCACCCUCCUCACCUUCGUCAUCGUCCUCCUCUUCUACCUCCGCUGCACUCGAUUCCUCAAGUCCUACAUGGCCUUCUCCUCCUUAGUCGUCCUCGCCUUUCUCGGCGGUGAGGUCUUCCUGCUGCUCAUCUCGCGCUUCUACGUCCCCAUUGACGUCGUCACCUUCUCGCUGCUCUUGUUCAAUUUCGCCGUUGUUGGAGUUCUGGCCGUAUUCUUGGCGAAAGUUCCGAUCAUGGUCAACCAGGGGUAUUUGGUGAUCAUCGGGGUUCUCGUCGCCUACUGGUUCACUCUCCUUCCGGAGUGGACCACCUGGGCGCUUCUGAUUGCCAUGUCUUUGUACGAUUUAGCUGCUGUUCUGUUGCCGGGCGGACCCUUGAGAUUGCUUGUGGAGCUUGCCAUCUCGAGGGACGAGGAGUUACCGGCAUUGGUCUAUGAGGCAAGGCCCGUGGAGCAUCUCCCGGGGGCGGGUAGGAGGCUGUGGAGAGAAAGAAGGGAUCUUGCUUCUAAUUCAAGUUCGAACUCAAAUAAUUUGGAAGCUGGAGAUCCUGCAUCGCAGGACACAAGUCUGGUUAUUGCCGAAGAAGGGCCAUCCGUUUCAGCAUUGACGGCACCUUUCCUACAACAGCAAUUGGAAAGGCAUGGAGAAGUGGAACUUGAAGGAAUUGGGUUGAGUUCAUCAGGUGCAAUCAAGCUGGGGCUUGGAGAUUUUAUAUUUUAUAGUGUGUUGGUGGGGAGAGCAGCACUGUACGAUUUCAUGACAGUGUAUGCUUGUUAUCUUGCAAUCAUGUCUGGGCUGGGUAUCACUUUGUUGCUCUUAGCAUUUUAUCGCAAGGCAUUGCCAGCUCUGCCAGUGUCCAUAGCACUUGGUAUAAUCUUCUAUCUCUUGACGAGGGCUUCAUUGGAAGUGUUUAUGGUCCAGUGUUCCACAAAUCUAUUGAUGUUCUAGCAUGGUGUUUUUCUUCAUUCCAAUGGAAAUUAGAGAUAUGAUCUCUUUACUGCUUUCUGCAGCAUUAUUGUGGAAUGCAAAUGCUCAAGAAUUGUGCCUGAGGCUUUGUAUAAUGGUAAUUUAUAAUGUCACAAAAGAUUUAUUCUCAA